AUGGACACCCCCGGCGGGGCCCGGCCGCUGCGGCUGCUCCUGCUCUUGGCGCUGCUGCCUCCGCUCCGGGGACAAGGUAAGUGCGGGAGCGGCUCCCAGCGCCCCGAGCCGCCCGGCUCUCCCCGGCGGGUCCCGCUGCGGGACGCGGGCUCCUGGCGCGGGGCUCCGCACCGCGUCCCCCGCGCUGCCGUGCCGGGGAUGGGGCCGCGGGGCCCCCCGUGGGGCCCCCUUCUUCUCCGUGCCCCUGCACGUUCUGGGCAGGCUUUAAAGCGCCGCUGCCACGUCCAAGUGAGCAGAAAGGCGUGGUGUGCACCGGCGCCGCCGCUGCCCCCGGCGGUCCUGCUGCCCCCGGGCAGGGUCGGUACGGGGCUCCGCCGGGCGAGCGUGCCGCGGGGAAGGGCGAGUCGGUUCUCCCGGCGGACGCCGCACCCGGGAUCCAGCCAGCUCGCCGGGUACCGCAGGAACCGCGACGUGCCGGGGCGGCCACCGCACGGUGCCCCUCGCCCCCAGCGAAGAGAUGACGAUGAAAGUAUUUGUCCUAUGGUGAUAAUGAAUUUAUCACAGCUAACAGAUCUGUCAGUGGAAGAAUGCUGUGACAAGGGUGUUGAAUGGGCAAAUAAAAACAGAAUAUGUGCUUCUCUGCCAUUAAUAUCCGAGUCUAGAGAAUGCAGCAUGACCCAGGUGCAGUGCUGCCGCAGCCAGCUGGAGAAGCAGUCCUGUUCUGAUGGGGUUGAAUUUGCCAACGUGCGUGACGAGUGUGACUCGCACAUUGCCAAAAAUUCCACCUGUGAAGCCGAAUACUUCAAGACAUGUUGUCAGUGUUGUUUGCUGGGAAAGGCUGCCCAAGUUCAAGGACAGAGUUGUGAACCCAAUCCGAAGAUAGGAUAUCAGUGUGGAAUUGUCUUCAGAGCUUGCUGUGGGAAAGGUCAAGAAGGCAUUGAUCUGUCCAUUCGUGAUUAUGCUGCUAAAAAAGAGCCAGUUGAAAUUUCAAAGGAGGAACUAGACCAAGAAGAUCCUUAUCUACAUGAUGGCUGCAGAGGUGGUGGUCCCUGCUCUCAGCAGUGCAGAGACACAGGAUCCAGUUAUGUCUGCUCCUGCUUUGUGGGCUAUCAGCUUCAACCAGAUGGUAUCACCUGUGAAGAUAUUAACGAGUGUAUCACUGGGACACACAACUGUGGGAUUGGACAAACCUGUGUCAAUACAUUAGGAUCCUUCCGCUGUCAGCGGGACACCAGCUGCGGAACUGGUUAUGAACUAACAGAUGACAGUCGUUGCAAAGAUAUUGACGAAUGUGAGACUGGUACUCAUAACUGCCCCCCCGAUUUUAUCUGUCAGAAUACUCCAGGAUCUUUCCGUUGCCGACCCAAGCUACAGUGCAUGAGUGGGUUUAUACAAGAUGCACUAGGCAACUGUAUUGAUAUCAAUGAGUGUCUGAGUACCAACAUGCCAUGCCCAGCUGGACAGAUCUGUAUUAACACUGAUGGCUCCUUUACCUGCCAGCGAAUCUCACCCAGCUGUGGCCGAGGUUACCAUCUCAAUGAAGAUGGAACAAGAUGCGUAGACGUGGAUGAGUGCUCAUCCUCUAACCAGCCCUGUGGAGAAGGACACAUUUGUAUCAAUGCCCCAGGCAAUUACCGCUGUGAGUGCAAGGCUGGCUAUACUUUCGAUGUCAUCAGUAGGACAUGUCUUGAUAUCAAUGAAUGCAGACGCUACCCAGGCCGCCUCUGUGCUCACAAGUGUGAGAAUACUCCUGGUUCCUACUACUGUACUUGUACCAUGGGCUUCAAACUUUCAGCUGAUGGUAGAUCCUGUGAAGACUUGAAUGAGUGUGAGAGCAACCCCUGUAGCCAAGAGUGUGCCAAUGUGUACGGCUCCUACCAGUGCUAUUGCCGCCGUGGAUUCCAGCUCAGUGACAUCGAUGGCAUUUCGUGUGAAGAUAUCGAUGAAUGUGCUUUGCCCACUGGAGGACAUAUCUGUUCCUUCCGAUGCAUUAAUACUCCUGGGAGCUUUCAAUGUACUUGUCCCUCUACUGGGUACAGGCUGGCACCCAAUGCACGCAACUGCCAAGAUAUUGAUGAGUGUGUUGCAGAAAGCCACAACUGCUCUUUCAAUGAGACCUGCUUUAACAUCCAGGGUGGCUUUCGUUGUCUGUCUUUGGAAUGUCCUGAGAAUUACCGCAAGUCAGGAGAUACUGUCAGACUAGAAAAGACAGAUACCAUCCGUUGCAUUAAGUCUUGUCGACCAAAUGAUGUCAGCUGUCUGCUGGAUCCAGUCCACACAAUUUCCCACACUGUCAUAUCACUGCCCACAUUCAGAGAAUUUACAAGACCUGAAGAGAUUAUUUUUCUUCGUGCCAUUACACCUACAUAUCCAGCCAACCAGGCAGAUAUCAUAUUUGACAUUACAGAAGGAAAUUUAAGAGAUUCAUUUGAUAUCAUCAAGCGUUACAUGGAUGGUAUGACAGUGGGUGUAGUUCGCCAGGUGAGGCCCAUAAUUGGACCUUUCCAUGCCAUCCUGAAACUGGAGAUGAACUACGUCAUGGGUGGAGUGGUGUCCCACCGCAACAUCGUCAACGUUCACAUCUUCGUGUCUGAGUACUGGUUCUGA